UCCUUAAGCUCUCAACACAUCCAAGACUGCAUCGCUUGGUUAGAUGCCUACUUUUCCAAUUCUCCUUUCCUGGAAAGAGUUAAACUACCAGCUCUCAGUACACAAGACCACGAAAAUAAGCCAUUUUGCCUUAAAGUGUGGCAGAUUCUUAAAGAUCGCGUGAAAGUUGGAGAAACCGUGACGUACGGAGAACUAGCCAAUAUGGCGGGGAAUCCAAAGGCAGCUAGGGCCGUCGGGAUGGCAAUGAAGUCGAACCCGAUCUCUAUCAUCGUACCGUGUCACCGGGUUGUAAAGAGUGGAGGAGAUAUUGCCAUCUGAUAUUGACUCUGCUUCACAUCUUUACUUUACGUCCUUAUCUGAUGAUAAUGAUAUAUUUUUCAAAUCUUCUGGAAACAAUAAUAUCGUUGUAUUGAGGGUGCGCUAAAUUGACCUUAUAUUGACGACGGCGCGCGCAAAUCAAACAACUGUCUUGAACAAUGGCAGAGCGGCAAAUUGAGUACCGGAAGUCGUGCUUGGUCCUUUCCGCGCGCUUUCCCGUCGUCAAAUGACGUUCUAGCCUCCCCCGCAGACAUUCUUAGGCGUGCGUCACGCGUUCCUUCCCUACGAACGUUCGUGGGGAAGGAACGCGUGACGUACGCCUAAGAAUGUCUGCGAGGGAGGCCAAUGACUUCCCGUCCUGUUGCUAAAUCAGCCUACACAAUUUACACAAUGACGCCACUAAAAUAAGUGGCAACCUCGUUCCCAGGGUUCUCUCGGGGGACGAGUUGAAGAUGAGCCUCCCGGGAACGGGGUUGAAUAAGGUACAAUGCAGGACGCCCAAAGCAAUCAAGGCGGGACAGGGGUACUCCCCUCCCCACAGAAAAUUUGGAAAAGACGUUGCUCGGCUAUACCGUUUUCUUUUGUACCCGGAGGGAAAGCUUUUGGCAUAACUCAUUUUUAUAAAGUUACCAAAAAUAAUGACCAAUAUUCACACGAUCUUGUUAGUUGAAAUAUAAUUAUCAAUAAUUAAUAUUUUAACGAAAAAAAAAACUUGAAUUAUUAUUUAAAAUUGCUAAAUUUGAAAGGGAAUCUUUUGGGAAAAACACUAUAUAUUUUUUGUAGGUGAUGGAAAGGUUUUGAAAUUUGUGUAGCGUGUGAUAGCUGUCAAGGUUCUAUAAAGGCAGUUUCUUGGGAACACUGACUCAUGUCCUUAUUCUGGGUUAGGAACAAUGCUUGAAUCUGCUAUUAUUGUUCCUUUCCCCAGCAGCAUGUUGAGUGAAUAAAAAAUAGUCCUUAUUACGUUUACGGCAUGUGACGUAUCGUGGUUUGCUUCUUAGUGUGAUGAUCAAAGCUGUCGAGGAUCUCUCUACACCUGAAAGACUUUUUGCGUCUUUCUUUGUUUUUUCCCGCGAUAAGAAGUCAUCUAGUAGCCUGAGAAAACAACCGACAUUUGGCGACGCUACCACUGGUUAAAGAAAGGCCCAAAAGGGCUAACAAUGCAGCACUUCAUGACCGUGAAAAAGUCGAAGAAACGUUCUGUGAUGCAAAGUUCUUAACUAAAUAAGUGGUAGGGGUAUUAUUUGUCAAUAGAAAUGAAAGGGAUACCUUUUCAGCCAAAAAUGACAUAUAAAAGGGUGAGGGGUCGGACCUCGGGGCCUCCCCGUAUAAAACUUUGUAGAGAACCCUCACCUCCCCCCCCCCAUCCCUACUAAGGGGCUUGUCCCGGGUUAAAAUAUCAAUGGAAGGUUUAUUCUUCGAGGUGAACUGUAAUAAGAAUAGUGUAACAAAGCAUCAAAGGCAAAAAGGUUAAAGGCACAUCAUUAGAUGUUCAAUCCUGGGGGACCUGUGGCCCUAUGUGUUUCAAGCGUCAAAGGGGUGGGUAGGGGAGGAGAGGGGAUAUUAAACAUUCGACCGGGCUAAAGGAGAGACAGAGAGUGUGUAAAGAUGGAACAAGUUGGAUAUUUCGAGUCUCCAGUCGGAGUUUACGAAGUCAUUGCGGACGAUUAUGGCGUUACAAGCAUUAAGCUUAUAGGACCAACUUCAGUUUCUAUGAAGUACUGGAAGGAGGGAGGAAAAGACGAACAUGCUUCUUCCUUAAGCUCUCAACACAUCCAAGACUGCAUCGCUUGGUUAGAUGCCUACUUUUCCAAUUCUCCUUUCCUGGAAAGAGUUAAACUACCAGCUCUCAGUACACAAGAUCACGAAAAUAAGCCAUUUUGCCUUAAAGUGUGGCAGAUUCUUAAAGAUCGCGUGAAAGUUGGAGAAACCGUGACGUACGGAGAACUAGCCAAUAUGGCGGGGAAUCCAAAGGCAGCUAGGGCCGUCGGGAUGGCAAUGAAGUCGAACCCGAUCUCUAUCAUCGUACCGUGUCACCGGGUUGUAAAGAGUGGAGGAGAUAUUGGAAAUUACAGCUCGUAUAAUGGAGUUGAUACCAAAAAAUGGCUACUGCAGCAUGAAGGUGCAAAAUGCUACUGA